AUGUUAGAAGCAGGAUGGUUGUAUUGGCUCCUUUGGUUAGCAUUCCUCCUCAUUGCGAACCUCACUAUCAUGAGGAUGCUGACAGGAGUCAUCCUCAAUCAGACCAACGAGGUUAACGCUAGGUACAAGGACGAAAGCAAGAGGGUUGCCAUGGAGGAGGAACUCGUUGGUGUCCUUUCUCAGUUGGAUGAGGAUCAUACGGGAAAAGUGUCUAGGACAGAAUUUAGGCAGAUCUUCCAGCAUCCCGAACUCCUCGAACGCCUCUCGAAAGUUGGGGUGGACCUUCAAACGUUCCUGGAGGCGAUGCUGGAGAGUUGGCCAGACACCGAUGUAGCGAUCAGCGACAUCGUCGAGAAAGCGUUUGCUUACCGCGGCUCGAACCCAGUCACGUUCAGGGACUUGGUCGAGUCCCGGCGGACGCAGGAGAAGCUGCUUGCGCGGCAGACGGGUCACAUCGAGGGAGCUUUGCUUCGCGCGCAGGCGGGGGCGAGUUGA